AUGGCCACCACACAAAAAGACAAGCCUACAGUCGUCUGUGUCUUCUGCGGCUCAGUGGCAGGCAAUGACCCCAUCCACAUGGAAACCGCGCGAGCCCUCGCCCACGAAUUCCACAAGAACAACGUCCAGCUCGUCUACGGCGGCGGCACCAAGGGGCUAAUGGGCGAGCUGGCGCGCACGCUCGUCUCCCUCUCCGGCCCACAAGCCGUCCACGGCGUGAUCCCGCGGGCGCUCGUCCGCGUGGAACCAGGCUACGACAACAAGGGCGGGGAGGAGAAGCCCACGGAGAGCGGCGGGAAGAGCGCGGAGCGGACCAUCAAGGAGCCGCUUGACAAGACGGCUCUGCUGGGGGAGUCGGAGUACGGGAUUACGACGAUUGUGCCGGACAUGCAUACGCGCAAGCGGCUUAUGGCUGAGAAGGUCAUGGCCGGGGGACCUGGUUCGGGCUUCGUGUCGCUGGCGGGUGGGUUUGGAACUAUUGAGGAGGUCAUGGAGAUGACGACGUGGAAUCAGCUGGGUAUUCACCAUUUGGGGAUUGUGUUGCUGAAUGUCAAUGGGUACUGGGAUGGGCUGCUGUCGUGGGUGCAGAGUGCCGUCAAGGAGGGGUACAUUGGGGCAGACAACGGCAAGAUCUUAGUCGAGGCGAAGGAUCCUCGCGAGGUUCUGCCGAAGCUGCUGGAGUACCGGGUUAGCAACGGCAGGAUGGACCUGGAUUGGGGUCAGGAAUGA